CCUCUGCCCCUUCGCUGGCACGAUGUGGCCCCUGUUGGUGCUGCUGCUGCUGGGCUUGGCGAGCUGCGGAUCAGCUCAGCUAUUAUUUAAUACAACUGAAUCUGUAGAAUAUACCAAGGACAAUAAAACUGUUGUCAUCCCAUGCUUAGUCAAUAAUUUGGGGGCACAAAGCUUUCGAGAAAUGUUUGUUAAGUGGAAAUUCAAAAAUAAACACAUUUUCUACUAUGAUGGAGAUAAAAAUGAAUCCAAACCCAUCAGUGAAUUUUCCAGUGCACACAUCGUAAUAGACACACUACUAUCAGGCGAUGCCUCUUUGGUGAUGGACAAGAGCCAAGCUGUCCCAGGAAAAUACACUUGUGAAGUAACAGAAUUAACUAGAGAAGGCGAAACCAGCGUAGAACUAAAAUUUGUUAAAACUCCGCUAUUAUUUACUACAAUCAAAUCUGUGGAAUACACCAAUAACAAUAAGACUGUUCUCAUCCCAUGCUUAUUUACUAAUUCGGAGGCAAAGAGCCUGAAAGAAAUGUUUGUAAAGUGGAAAUUCAGAGACAAAUAUAUUUUCAACUAUGAUGGAGAGAAAAAUGAAUCCAAGCCCACCAGUGAAUUUUCCAGUGCACACAUCGUACCAGACGCACUAUUAACAGGCAUUGCCUCUUUGGUGAUGGGCAAGACCCAAGCUGUCCUAGGAAUAUACACUUGUGAAGUAUCAGAAUUAAGUAAAGAAGGCAAAACCACCAUAGAACUAAAAUAUCGUGUUGUUAAAACUCAGCUAAUAUUUACUACAAUCAAAUCUGUGGAAUACACCAAUGACAAUAAGACUGUUCUCAUCCCGUGCUUAGUCACGAAUUCGGCGGCAAAGAGCCUUAAAGAAAUGUUUGUAAACUGGAAAUUCAGAGACAAAUACAUUUUCAACUAUGAUGGAAAUAAAAACAAAUUCAAGCCCACCAGUGAAUUUUCAAGUGCAUACAUCGUACCAGGUGCACUACUAAGAGGCAAUGCCUCUUUGAUGAUGGGCAAGAGCCAAGCUGUCCCAGGAAACUACACUUGUGAAGUAUCAGAAUUAACUAAAGAAGGCAAAACCACCAUAGAACUGAAAUAUAAUGUUGUUAAAACUCAGCUAUUAUUUACUACAAUUGAAUCUGUAGAAUACACCAUUUGCAAUGACACUCUUAUCAUACCAUGCUUAGUCACUAACGUGGAGGCAAAGAGCCUUAGAGAAAUGUUUGUAAAGUGGAAAUUCGGAGAUAAACACAUUUUCUUCUAUGACGGAGAUAAAAAUAAAUCCAAACCAAUCAGUGAAUUUUCCAGUGCACACAUCAUGCCAGACGCACUACUAAAAGGAAAUGCCUCUUUGAUGAUGAACAAGAACCAAGCUGUCCCAGGAAACUACAAUUGUGAAGUAACAGAAUUAACUAGAGAAGGCGAAACCACCGUAGAACUAAAAUAUCGUGUUGGUUUAUGGUUUUCUUCAAAUGACCAUAUGCUUAUUAUUCUUUUCCCAAUGUUGGCUGUGCUUCUGUUCUGGGGAAGUGAUAUUGUGAUACUUAAAUAUAAUUCCAAUAUUACGAAGAAGAAAAUCAUCAUUUUAUCUGUGGCUGGACUAAUUCUCAGUAUAUUAGUCAUUGUUGGAAUCAUUUUCUUCAUCCCAGGUGACUAUUCAACAACAAGGGCAAGUGGACUUGGUUUAAUUGUAAUACCUACAGUAAUAUUAAUAUUACUUCAGAUCUCUAUGUUUAUUAUAGCUCCAGCUAAUGGGAUGAGCCCCAUCAGCCACAUCUUAUUGACCACUCAGGUGCUGGGCCUUUUGACCUCUGUGGCCGGACUAAGCCUCUGUGUCUCAGAGUGCAUCCCAGUGCAUGGUUCUCUUCUGAUUUCAGGCUUGGGUAUUACAGCCUUAGUGGCAUUUCUUGGAUUAGUUUAUAUGAUAUCUGUUGCUCUAGUCCACUCUGCCCUCCCUCUGCUGGAUCCCAAGCAGGUUCUAAGCAGAAGACUAUACAGCCUACUGGGGCUAACUGAAUUGAAGCGAUGGACUCUGACUUGCAGAGUAGUAAGAUGUGAAAGGAAUGCACUUACGUUUAAGGACCUUGGCCUUGACUCACUCACUGUUCAAGAGAAGAAAACAAGAAAAGUGACUCUCAUCUAUAAGAGAAAGUAAACCAUUGAGUUUUAAAUGGUUA